AUGUCAUCAUCGGAAGUCCCCUGCCCCGCAUGCAAAUGGACCCCAGAUCAGCAAAGACGCUGCGCCUACGAAAGUAGCGUGCGCCUCUUCUACGGAGCCAGCAAUCGAGGCUACUGGUCCCUCGGUUCAAAAUUUCUGCUCAAAGAACGCGGGAAAGAUCCCCCUAGCCAUGAGGUCAUCAACACUCAUUUCAUCAAAGAGAAUACCACCAUUCCCGUCCCGACAACCGUGCAGGAGUGGACCGAGGGUGAGAAGUAUUUCCAGAUCGUCGAGCGGGUGCCUGGGGUACCGUUAGAGGAGAUCUGGUCGUCAAUCCCCCAACCCGACCGGGAAAGACUCGCUCGUCAAACUGCGGAGUAUCUGGGGCAGCUCCGUUCGUUCCACUCCGUUAAGAUGGAAAGUCUCCAUGGCCAACCGAUUUGGUGUCCUCAUCUCUUCCACAAUGAUGAAUUUGGGGUUACACAUGGGCCAUUGAGUACGACUGACGAGUUGUGCGAUGUUUUGAUGGAAUCUCUAAGCGACAAGGUACCGGAAGUUGUGAGAUUGCGGCUCCGUGACCGCAUGCCUUCUCCUCACCCGUGGACUUUUACCCACGGAGAUUUGACCAACUGCAAUAUUAUGGUGGAUCCAGACAACUUUGAAUUGAGAGCUCUGAUUGAUUGGGAGGGCUCGGGGUACUUACCUGUGUGGUGGGAGUUUAUGGGGGGCUAG